AUGGGACGGGCCACUUUGGCGGAGACAGGUGGCGAAAGGUCCGCAAGCGCCUGGGCCCUGUUUAACUCGUGGGUCGCUCGGGAAGGCCUGACGGUCUCUCGGGCUGCGAAGUUCCGCAUUCGCGGGAAGCGGAUGCUCCGGGAGAAGGCAGCGAUGAAGCUCAAGAACCACCGAAAAAGCAAGGACAUUCGGAAGAAGUUCGCGGCACUCGCUCAGGCGAAGUACGAGGACAACCGAAAGAAGGCCGAGGCUUACAGAAAGGCCCAGUCGUUCGGCGAUGUUUCGCCGCAAGUCGCUGCCGACGAGGCCGAGGUCGUUCGAAAAGCAGAAGCCGAAGCCCACCUGGAAGCUGACCUUGCCGUUCGGGAAGUGCAGGCGGACACCUGGACCUGGACUUUGGGUCGUUCGCUUCGUGACUUCAAGCCGGUCGGCCGUGGGGCGAGCGGUGAGGUCUUCUUCGCCACCUUCGAAGGCCUUCCGGUUGCAGUGAAGCUGACAAAAGGUCGGGGGCUGCAAGCGGCAGCAACCGGCAUCGACGUUCAGGAGGAGUUCGCCGUUUUGACGGCCCUGGGGCAGCACCCCAACGUCGUUCGAGCUUUCGCCGUUGUCACGAGCUCGCUGGGCCGGCCGGGCUUGGUUCUCGAGAGGGCGUCUGAGAGCCUGCAUGCGAAAGCUCGCAGGCUCAAGGACGAUCGGCUGGAGAACUCGCCGGCCGGCAGGGCCUCGCUGCUGGGACUUUUUUCGCAGUUCGUCCUCGGCCUGUCCUUCGUGCACGGGCGUUCGGUCAUGCAUCUCGAUGUGAAGCCCGCCAACAUUCUCGUGUUCGAUGACAAGAGAGCUGCCCUGGCCGACUUCGGCCAUGCAGAGGGGGUCUCCGAGAACGGUUGCUCUGUGGUGGGCGAUCGUGUGUACACCCUGGACUUUCGCUGCCCGGAGUGCCUCAUGGCCGGCGGCCAGAAGGCAUGGGUUGCUGGCGUUCGUGUCAAGUUCGCCGCUGACGUCUGGGCGGCCGCAGCCACGUUGUUCGAGGUGUGCUGCCCCAGAAAAGCUUCGCUUUUCUCAGUCCCGCCGGGGACGUUCGUGCGGGAGACCGAGGAGCAGACAGCAAAGGCCAUUCGGGAGAUGGCCACUGCGAGGAGCUUCAAGCUGAUGCCGUACGACCAGACAAUGCAGGACAUCCUGGAGAAGACGUUCGUGCCGGCAGAGAAGCGACUCUCGUUGCCGGGCUUGCUUCGCAUCCUGGACAAAGAGCGGUCGGCCUCGCGGUCCAUCGGCAGGUACUCCAUCGACGAUGUCUUCUUCCUCUGGCAGAGCCGGCGUUCGGCACAGAAGGAAGCCGAGCGUAAGGAACGAGAGGAGGCGAAGAAGAAAGCCGAGGAAGAGCGAAAGAAGAAACAGGCAGCAUAUGAGGCUCAGAAAAAGGAGGAGCAGAGGCUGGCCGUGGAAGAGAAGAAGCGGAAGCAGGCCGAAGAGAAGCUCCGCGCCGAGGCGGAACAGAAGCGAAAGCAGGAAGAGGCCCUGCAGAAGCAGGAGGCGAAGGCUCGAGAAGCAGAAGAAAGGAAGAGACAGGAACAAGAGAAGAAGGACGCCGAAGCAAAGAAGCGUGCCGAGGAGGCCGCGCAGCGCGCCGAAGCCGAAAGGCUCAAAAAGGAGGAACAGGAGAAAAUCGCUGCAGAGCAGAAGCGAAAGCAGGAGGAGGAAGCCCGGCAGAGGAAGGAAGCCGAAGAGCUGAAACGCCAACAGGCAGAGGAAGCGAAGCGAAAGCAGGAAGCGGAGCAGAAGCAGAAGGAGGAAGCGGAGCGCCAGCGCAAGGAGGUGGAGGCGCGUCAGCGCCAGCAAGCAGAGGAGGAGCGCAAGCGCAAGGAGGAGGAAGAAAGAAAGCAGAAGGAAGAGCAGGAGAGGAAGCAGAAGGAAGAGCAGGAGAGGAAGCAGAAGGAAGAGCAGGAGAGGAAGCAGAGGGAAGAGCAGGAGCGAAAGCAAAGGGAGGAGCAAGAACGAUUGCAAAAGGAACAAGAAAGGCAGAGACAAGAGGAAGAGAGCCGGCGCAAGGCAGAAGAGGAGAGAAGGAAGCAGGAGCAAGAACAGAAGGUGAUGGCAGAAAGCAAGCCCCUCAGCGAAGAGGAGAAGCUCGCUGCCCAAGAGAAGGCAAAGCAAGAGGAGCAGAAGAGAUACUCGCGCCUGAGCUUCAAGUGGAAGAUGCAAGACGAGUCGCGGCUCAAGGAUGAGGUGGCCCGUGUGAAGGAGCAGGUCGAGAAAAGGGAAGAAGAGUUGCGCGUUCUCCUUGCCACAAAGGUGGAGGAGGAAAAGCAGUAUCAAGAGCGGCAAGCGAGGGCCGAAGCGGAGGCAAGAAGAAUUGAGGACUUGAAAUCCAAGGAUCGUGUUCCUUGA